GGGGGCUAUUCUCUCUCCUAGCAACAUGGCGGCGAGUCAGGGAGGUAGUGGUAACAGUGGGGGCGGCGGUUGUGGUGGAGGUGGAAGUAGCGGUGGCGGAGGCGCGGCCGCUGGGGGAGGUGGUGGAGCCGGAGGGGGAGGCGGCGGCGGCGGCGGGACCCUGGUGGUUCCCAUCCCGGUACCGACACUUUUCGGUCAGCCGUUCCCUAACGGGCCGCAGUGGAACCCGGGGAGCCUGCAGCCUCAACACACCGUGAGGAGCCUGGACCGGGCCCUGGAGGAGGCGGGCAACUCCGGCAUCCUGAGCCUCAGUGGUAGGAAACUCCGAGACUUCCCGGGCAGCGGCUACGACCUGACGGACACCACCCAAGCAGAUCUUUCCAGAAACCGUUUUACCGAAAUUCCUUCCGAUGUCUGGUUAUUUGCACCUCUUGAAACAUUAAAUUUAUAUCAUAAUUGCAUCAAAACCAUUCCUGAAGCCAUUAAAAACCUGCAGAUGUUAACAUACCUUAACAUUAGUCGAAAUCUUUUAUCAACAUUGCCAAAAUACUUAUUUGAUCUUCCCCUUAAAGUUCUGGUCGUCAGUAAUAAUAAACUGGUAUCCAUUCCAGAAGAAAUUGGGAAAUUAAAAGAUUUAAUGGAAUUGGAUAUCAGCUGCAAUGAGAUUCAGGUCCUUCCCCAACAAAUGGGAAAGUUACAUUCUCUUAGAGAGCUGAAUAUAAGAAGAAAUAAUCUCCAUGUGUUGCCAGAUGAAUUAGGAGAUCUUCCGUUAGUCAAGUUGGAUUUCUCUUGCAAUAAAGUGACUGAAAUUCCAGUUUGUUACAGGAAACUGCAUCAUUUACAAGUAAUUAUUCUGGAUAACAAUCCAUUGCAAGUACCACCAGCACAGAUAUGUUUAAAGGGUAAAGUACACAUAUUUAAAUACUUAAAUAUCCAAGCAUGUUGCAGAAUGGAUAAGAAACCAGAUUCUUUGGACCUUCCAUCAUUGAGUAAAAGAAUGCCUUCCCAGCCUCUCACAGACAGUAUGGAAGAUUUUUAUCCAAAUAAAAAUCAUGGUCCUGACUCUGGAAUUGGAAGUGAUAAUGGAGAGAAACGAUUAUCUACAACAGAACCUUCAGAUGAUGACACAAUCAGCCUUCAUUCUCAAGUUUCAGAAUCAAAUAGAGAGCAUACAUCAAGAAAUGACAGCCACUCAAUAGGAAGCAAACCUGAAUUUCAGAAAGACCAGGAGGUGUAUGAUUUUAUUGAUCCCAACACAGAAGAUGUAGCAGUUCCUGAACAAGGAGAUACACAUAUUGGAUCAUUUGUCUCUUUCUUGAAGGGAAAAGAAAAAGUUCCUGAAAAAUCUCAGAAAAAUGAAGAAUUGGGAGAUGAAAAAAGACUUGAAAAAGAACAAUUUCUUGCAGAAGAAGAAGAUGAUGAUUUGAAGGAAGUAACUGAUUUGAGAAAAAUAGCUGCCCAGUUAUUGCAGCAAGAGCAAAAGAACAGGAUUCUUAACCACUCAACUUCUGUUACAAGAAACAAGCCAAAACAAACUAUGGAAUGUGAAAAGAGUAUAUCAGCAGAUGAAAUUAAUUCACCGUUAUCACCUCUUGCAUGGCAGCCCUUUGAAAAUCAGAAGGAUCAGAUGGAUGAACAUCAGUGGCCAGAAACUCAACCUAUAAUCUGGCAGUGUGAAGAAAGGAGGAGGAGCAAACAGAUUAGAAAAGAAUAUUUCAAGUAUAAAUCAUCGAGGAAGAGUUCAAGUGGAAAUGAAAAUGAUGAGCAAGACUGUGAUAAUGCUAAUAUGUCACCACAAUCUCCAGUAUCAUCUGAGGAAUAUGAUAGGACUGAUGUUUUUUCACAUGGUCCCUUUGGCUUGAAGCCUAGAUCAGCUUUUAGCCGUUCCUCUCGUCAAGAAUAUGGAGCAGCAGAUCCAGGAUUUACAAUGAGGAGAAAGAUGGAACAUCUAAGGGAAGAACGAGAGCAAAUACGACAGCUUCGCAGUAAUCUGGAAACCAGGUUAAAAGUAAUUUUACCUGAUGACAUUGGAGCUGCAUUGAUGGAUGGGGUUGUUCUUUGUCAUUUAGCCAAUCAUAUAAGGCCACGUUCCGUAGCUAGUAUUCAUGUACCAUCACCAGCAGUGCCUAAACUGAGCAUGGCAAAAUGUCGAAGAAAUGUAGAAAAUUUUCUUGAUGCUUGUAAAAAGUUGGGUGUCUCACAGGAAAGACUCUGUUUGCCUCAUCAUAUUUUGGAAGAAAGAGGUCUUGUGAAAGUUGGUGUCACAGUCCAGGCUCUUCUGGAGUUACCUACAAACAAGGCAUCUCAGCUUUCUACAGCUUGAUACAGCAUUUAGAAGUCAUAAAUGUGUAGUUUCAUUUCUUUGAAGUGAUUUAAAAGAUCUCAAAUUCAUGAAUAAGUAUUUCUAACCAAGAUUUAAUCUAACAAACUUUGUUAUAUCAAGCCUUUGGUUUUUUUUUUUUUGAAUUAUGUUAAAACAUCAAACUUAAAUUUUGAAUUUGCAAAAGUUCUUUUGGAGUGGAAACUAGAUUAAUAAGAGUUUUUGAUUAAAUUCAAAUUCUCUUUUUACUAAGUCAGUUGAUAAACUUGGUGAAUUUUCAAAGUCAGUUAGGUACUAAAUUGAAAAUGUGCUUUCAGAUUAAUAAUCACAUGUGUUUAAUUUUAUAUCAUAGCAUACUAGUAUACAUCUGGAUAAGGUAAUUUUUUAACUGAUUUAAAAUAAUUCUAUAUUUGAGUUAUUUAAUACACUUCUAGUUUAUACAAAAUUUCUUCAACCUUUGGUCUUAGUUUUCUAGAGAAAAGUGGGUAGAAAAUCCAGAACUCUGGCUUUAUAUUGAAUUCUUUUAGUAUUAGGUUGGUGCCAAAAUAUUUUCAGUUGUACUGUAGAUUGUUUACAUGUGAAGUGCCUGUGUAAUGAUGACUCUGAUAUAGUCUUAAGCAUUUUUGCAAUUUCAUUAUGUCUCAAUGGAAUCCAUGAAUUUAAAUUUUUUCAGUAGAUUUUGUAAGGUCAGUAAUAUGUGAGGAUUUAAAUGAACCUCACAAUGCAACAUUGUGGUUUUCUAUUUAGUUCAUUACAAUUUUCCUCAAAUUGGUUGUUUCAUGUUGUCAAAAAUGUUAAUAUGCUUAAUUUAUGCUAUUUAAUUUUGCAAACCUUAAUCAUCUUUUAAAAUGUAUUAUUUGAAGAGUAUUUUAUUUCCGUAUUGAAAAUGUUACACAAAACAGUAACAUUUUUGAAAACUAGCAAAGUACUAAUUAUCAAUGACAUGUUGAUACAACUGCCAAAGUUUGGGUUUGUCUUCACUUUCAUAAACAUUACAUCAGUACGCUACCUUUAGUUAUAUUCAGAGAGCAGCAAUUGAGGAAUAGGUUUUUAUUUGAAAUCUGGCCAUUUGGAGAUCUUGUAAAUCUAUGAUUCUCAAUAAGCAUGAUGUUAAAUUAAACACAGACCAUUCUAUAAAUAUUUUCAUAAGUAUACUGUGCUGCAUAAAGUCAUUUUUAAAUUUCAAAAUGACUAGAUUUAUGUUGGUUGUAAUGCAGGAAUCUUUCUAAAAUAUUACUGUGAUGAAUAACUUGAUUUCCUAUAGAAGCAUCUUAGUAUAAUUAAUUUUGGAGUAGGCAGGCAAUUUAUAUCUUAAAUAUGUGAUUAUUUGCACUUGUUACCUCUUAAUGUGGAUGCAACUUAUUAAAAAUGUUGGCUUGGAUAUUUCAAAGGGCAUUAGGUAAAAAUUAGUGUGCCAAAUGGUAUGGGGAGGGUUGGUCAGUUUAUACUUUUUUUGACCAGUUGGCUUGAAGCGAUAUAUUUAAAAUCUGACUUUAGUAUACAGAUGUGUUUUUACAUUCCACAAAGGUUAAAUUUGGAGCUUUUAAAGAAUUAAAGCUUUUUAUAACUGUAAGUUUUUAAAUUAUUGGUAACUUAUUACUUGAAAUAUCUGAGCUAAUUAGUUAAUCUCAGUCAUAACUAAACAAUCCUCUUUGAUGUGAUCAAUCUUCCAGUAAAAACUUGGAUACUAUAGGUAAAUAAAUGGCAAAUAAAUACCCAAGUUGUUAGUUUUUAAUUUGAAAAUUGGCAAUAUUAUAAAAAGGGACCAAAAGCUAUAACAAUCACUCAUUGUUUCAUAGUUAUUAUGCUAUAAGAUUCCUCUUAUUAAUCAAUCUAGUUUUUACUUAUUUUAAAAUAUUGUUUUAUAUCAUUGAAAUAUUAGUGACACUAUAGGCCAUUUUCUUAUUACAUCUUAUUUAUCAGUUAAUUAUUACUUUAGAAAAUAUAACAGAACCUCACUGUAGCAUUUACUGAGAAGCAAAAUUCCAUUUCAGAUGAGUCUAUCUUGAGCCACACCAUGGCAGUUUAUUUACUGUGAUGCCAUAAAGCAACACCAUUAAUAGCAUAGUCCCCCAAGGAUACACUCUAUCAAAGUUCCCAUGUAUUUCUUUUAGUAGUUUUUAAUAAGUGUAAAGUUUAUUCUAAAUGGUUUUUGUGUUUAUAUAUUUACUUCAGUUAUUGAAUUAAGAAUGGUUAUCAUUAUUUGAAUUGGAUUUGUGAUUUGAAGAGGGUUAAAUAAUCAACCUAACCUUUUAUUAGGCCCUAAAAUGCAGUAGAUAGCUACUAUAAAUUUUUAUUACUAUAUGGCACAAGAAAGAAUUGAUGUUGAAUAUGUUAGAAUUGAAGUAAGGAGUAAAAAUGCAUUGCCAUGUGUUUAAUUAUCGUUACUGAAUGCUAGUUUAAUGACUUUUCUAAAUGAUUUUUUUGAAGAACUCAAAUAUUUGUAUUAGUCACAGAUCUAUCAUGAUUGAUUUUCUGAUGCAUUUAAUAAUAAUAAAUGGAACACUAAAUGUAUAUUACCGAUGCAAACUGUGGAUAAAGUUGAA